UCGAAAAUGACGUUGUGACUGUCUAAAGUAAAUAAGGUGUUUUAAAAAUAAAACAUAUUGGCUUUAUAUAGCCUUAUUGAUUUCAUUUAAAAGGGAAUAUUAAGCUUAGCAAAAUGUUUUGUUGCUUUAAAAACUGCAUGAAUGGAUUUUCCUUAACCCCGAGCGUACCAAUACGUGUAAAGAGCAAUCCAGUACAGUUAGAUACAUUGCAUAUGGGACAUGAGGUAGUAAUAGUCAAAGGUGGCCAGCGCGUUUGUGGUUCUGGAUGUGCUCUAGGAAAUGCACCACUUGUUCAAAACAAAGCAUAUUUUGAAGUGAAACUUCAACAGGGAGGAGUGUGGGCUGUAGGCCUCGCGACAAGGGACGCAGAUCUUAAUAGAGUCCAUGGUGGAGUCGACAAAGAGUCAUGGUGUUUAAACAGUGAUGGAACAGUACGGCAUGACAAUGUUGAAUUAUAUCACCUAAAACCAGGCUCAAGGGAAUCUCCUACCUCAGAACUCUUAGUUACAACAGGAUUUUCAAAUGAUAAUGAGAACCAGACAGAGAAUGAAAAACCUGAAAGUGAAAAGGGUGAGGAGAGUGCUGCGGUGAUGCCAGGAGAAGGAGACAUUAUUGGUGUUGCAUAUGACCAUGUAGAGCUAAACUUUUUCCUUAAUGGCGAAAACAUGGAGAUCCCUGUUAGAAACAUAAAAGGCACUGUUUACCCGGCACUUUUUGUGGACGAUGGAGCCAUUCUGGAUAUAAUAUUAGACAACUUCAGAUACCCCCCACCAUCAGGAUAUGCAAAAAUAAUGGUGGAACAGUCCCUUCUUUAACAUAAUAUAAUAAGUUAAGGAGAAAAUGCUUAUGUGUGCAUAUGAAGGCUCAUGUAUUCUCACUCUAAAUGUGAUCAUAUAAAUGUGUGCGUGAAUACUCUAUAUUAAGACUGUCGACUUGUAUAUUGCUUGUUACAUCUACUGUCUAAACCCUCUAUGUCUUCAUUUAUCCUUACAAUUAUUAAGAUGAUAAAUGAUGUUGGUGGAGCUCUUCAAGAUAAAUAAAUAUAAAAUAAAAAUAUUCUGCUUUUGUCUAUGACAUACUAUUCAACUGAUUAUCUGUUUGUAAAAUUAGAUGUCUAAUUAGGUAUCGAAUAUUUCAUACAGAUUACGAUUAUAUAUGUAAUUAAAAUAAGUUUAUCAUAAUAUUAUAUAAUGGUGUAUUAUAUUUUCCUAAUAAUUAUAAAGUAUUAUUUUUGAUAUUACUAUGAGGAGUUCACUCUGUCAUUUACAAGUUUAGUAGAAGUUAAAUUACUACAGUUUAUUAUAUCCAUGUAUAGUUAGGGCCGUUAUUAACGUGUGACAAAAAAUAUCAAAGACUCAUUAAAGACUAGGGUUUAUGUUUGACAGAUAAUCAAAAAAGCAAUGAACCAGGGUGUAUUCAAACAAGUCAUUCACAACAAUGAUCACUCUAAAGACUUAAAGAAAAGAUGUGAUAACUCAUUCCUAUGUAUAAGAUUAUCUAAUUGAAAUUCUUUCUGUAAUUAAUUUUGUUAUGUUAGUAGCGUGUAUCUUAGUACAUAUAGAUAUUAAUAAUAGCUUAGCCGGACAAUGAGAAACAACAGUAUCAAAAUCUGAACUGGUAUAGUUCUGAAAGCUGAAUAUUUAUAAUCUAAAUUAUGACUGUGUUUGUCUGUGUGUUCGUAAAUCUAUUUGAAUAAUGUAUAUUUUGAUUUUAAUGCAAAUUAUGAGAAUUUGACUUUGUAUUAUAUUUUUUUUGAAGAAGAAAUGUGCUUUUAUCGUUAGGUUUAAUGGUAUUUAUGUGCUUUUGUAAGUGGUGUGACGUGGCCCAGUGCUUCUUAAAUCAAAAUGAUGGAUUAUCAAUAUUAAUUGUAAAGCAAUACAGUAAUAUAAUUUAUUUUAAU